GGGAGGGAGGCCAGAGGACGCGCGCUGUCCACACGUGUAACCCUGCGUCUCCCUAUGUCCUAGCCUGCGUUCAUUCGCGUGUAUGCAGCGGCUAAAUAUUCCAUCAAAGCUGCAGAGUGGAUAUUGGGAAGCGAAUUUGGGUGUGAAAUCUUCAGCACAGGAGCACGCAGAGUCCAUGAUGGCUCAGAGCGAGUGAGUGAGAGGCAGGGCGCGGACGCCCCUCGCUCCCCGCGCGCCCCGCUCGCUCGCGCACUCGCGCCCAGCCCGGCUCUCCGCGAUUUUCUCCCAGACUUUUCCCCGGUCUUGAGCGAUCCAGUGUCCAGAGGGGGCCCGAGCUGCUCAAGCCCGUGAUGAAGAAAAGUCCGGGUCUCUCUGACUGUCUUUGGGCCUGGACCCUCCUUCUGAGCACGUUGACUGGAAGAAGCUAUGGGCAGCCCUCUUUACAAGAUGAACUUAAAGACAAUACCACUGUCUUCACCAGGAUUUUGGACCGACUCCUAGAUGGUUAUGACAAUCGCCUGAGACCAGGAUUGGGAGAGCGUGUAACCGAAGUGAAGACCGAUAUUUUCGUCACCAGCUUUGGACCUGUUUCAGACCAUGAUAUGGAAUAUACAAUAGAUGUGUUUUUCCGUCAAAGCUGGAAGGAUGAAAGAUUAAAAUUUAAAGGACCUAUGACAGUUCUUCGGUUAAACAACCUCAUGGCCAGUAAAAUUUGGACUCCGGACACCUUUUUCCACAAUGGAAAAAAGUCUGUGGCCCACAAUAUGACAAUGCCAAAUAAACUCCUGCGAAUCACAGAGGACGGCACCUUACUAUACACCAUGAGGUUGACAGUGAGAGCUGAAUGUCCAAUGCACUUGGAGGACUUCCCUAUGGAUGCUCAUGCUUGCCCACUGAAAUUUGGAAGCUAUGCUUAUACAAGAGCCGAAGUUGUCUAUGAAUGGACUAGAGAGCCAGCUCGCUCAGUAGUUGUAGCAGAAGAUGGGUCACGCUUAAACCAGUAUGACCUUCUUGGACAAACAGUAGACUCUGGAAUUGUACAGUCUAGUACAGGAGAAUAUGUUGUUAUGACUACUCACUUCCACUUGAAGAGAAAGAUUGGCUAUUUUGUUAUUCAAACAUACCUGCCCUGCAUAAUGACGGUUAUUCUCUCACAAGUCUCCUUCUGGCUCAACAGAGAGUCUGUACCAGCAAGAACUGUCUUUGGAGUCACAACUGUGCUGACAAUGACAACUUUGAGUAUCAGUGCCAGAAACUCCCUCCCAAAAGUGGCUUAUGCAACAGCUAUGGAUUGGUUUAUUGCUGUGUGCUAUGCUUUCGUUUUCUCAGCUUUGAUUGAGUUUGCCACAGUAAACUAUUUCACCAAGAGAGGUUAUGCAUGGGAUGGCAAAAGUGUGGUGCCAGAAAAGCCAAAGAAAGUGAAGGAUCCUCUCAUUAAGAAAAACAACACUUAUGCUCCAACAGCAACCAGCUACACCCCUAAUUUGGCCAGGGGUGACCCCGGCUUAGCCACCAUUGCUAAAAGUGCAACCAUAGAACCAAAAGAAGUCAAGCCUGAAACAAAACCACCAGAACCCAAGAAAACCUUUAACAGUGUCAGCAAAAUUGACCGACUAUCAAGAAUAGCCUUCCCACUGCUAUUUGGAAUCUUCAACUUGGUUUAUUGGGCUACCUAUUUAAACAGAGAGCCUCAGCUAAAAGCCCCCACACCACAUCAAUAGGUUCCUUUACCCACAUUCUGCUGUUCAGUCCUCUGCACUGGGAAUUGCUUUCUGUUCUCAACAUAGUAAUUCCUAUUUGCUUUAUUGCCUCUGUCUUAAAGAAUUUGAAGGUUUCCUUAUUUCCAUAAAUCAUAUAAGAGCAAGAGACCCCUGUCUGGCAGUGAGAGCAGAGCAGAAUAUGCAGCUCAAAGACAGGAUUCUGAGAGAGGAAACAAGAGUGCAAAAUAAUGUCAGAAAGAGACAGAUGUGAGAGGAAAAGAGUGGGAAGAAGGUCCAAAGAUAUGAGGAAAAGUAGAAGAAAAAUAGAGUUUAUCUAUAACACCUAAGUCAUUUGUAGAUAUAUAUUUCCAAAUACUCCAAAAAAAAUACUGUAUAUGUCAAAAAUAUUUUUGUGUGAAGGCAUUCCAAAGGAUAAAAUAUAAAUGUUUAAUGAAGAAAAUUUUAAAGCGUCUAUGUCUUUUUGCACAAAUGAAGGUGUGCUUUUGUUUCUGUUUUGAUUUUUAAGCAAAUAUAUAGCUUUAACAUUUUGUUUGUAAAGCUAAAAAUUCUCCAUUCUUUCUCUUUUUUUAAAAAAUUCCUAAUCCUAAUGCAUUAUUUUGUUGUUAAAUGCUGUUUAAAAUUCAUGGAAAUUUUAUAGGCAAAGGUGCCAUUGCUCACUGUAGAGCACAUUUAAUCCAAUGGAGUGAAGUCUUUAAAUAGGCUAUUUUGCUACCACCUGAGCUUUCACCAAUAGUCUAUGAAGAAUCAGCUUAACGGAGAUGUUCACUCAGUAGAAGCUAAACAUUAAUUAAUCAACUCGCUUUUUAAAAUCCUCCUUUCCACUUAAUUUCCGGAUAGCACACUGGUUCCAAUAAUCACUCCGUUCUUACUAUGAAGAUGUUUUUAGAGGGGCAAAAAUAUUUUGCAAGCUCCAGAAUUGUUGAAUGUAUUCUUUUAAAUAACUAUUUUAAAAGCUUUAGAUUGAAAUUUAUGACGAGCAAACAAAAUAGAAUAUAUAAAUUAUAUAUGUAAAUAUUCAGCAUGAGAUUGUACAUUUUUUAACUUUUUUUUUAAGUUAUGUUCUUAGAACUUGUGUAGAAGUCACCACUCUUAUCUGUUAGAAUGUUGUUAAAUGCUGUGGGAAUACAUUUUGAGCCUGCAUUUAGGAACAGAACAGCCUGUAGGAAGCAGAUGGAACUUAAAGCGUAUUGAGGAUGAAGUCCUCUUAUGCAGAGGAAGGCUCAUCAUUUCAAAUGUUGUCCAGUGUUCAGUAGUACAUCAGUUGCUAUCAGCUCAAGUCCUGCCAUACCAUAUUUUCCUCUUUUAAGCUAUUGUAAUAUAGAAAGACUAUGGGAAGCAUUAGUUGAAGCUAGGAAAAAAAUCAACUGUAUAUUAUUGCUAUAUUUGCUGAUACCAACUAUUUCAAUAAGUGCUGUAUCAUAUGUAGCAUUCAAUAUAAAAUACACAAAAGAAUGUACAGGAAAUAGCUUUUAUUGAGUAAUAUUACUACAUUUCAUUUAUACUGUAGCAAUAUAUUUGUAGGUAUACUAUGUAAGGGCUUUACAUAAAAGAGGUCCAUUAACACUCCCUAUAAAAAUUCUAGUCUUUCAUUAUUGCCCAGACGUUUUAGAGAUAAAUAUUUAUGCAGAAGGUAUUUUUGAAGCCUCCUUUGUCUGUUAGAGUUUCACAGAUAUUUAAAUUUAGUGUCCAGAAUACACAGGUCAUGGUCCAAACACAUUUACAAUACCAUGACAUAAAUCUUUUAGCAUAAUUGCCAAAUAAGAUAGUUGGGAUCCAUAUCUGAGUUUUUGAGCAAUGUUUUUCUCAAAAAGCUGCAAUCCAAUGAUGUAGGAAAAUACACGAUAUUUUCCUAAACAAACUCUGCUUUUCAUUUUAAAUGUGCUUCAUUGUUUAAUUUGGUCUGACCUAAAUUUCAUGAGCGAGUCCAGUAAAGACUGAGUCAAAGACAUUUCAUCCUCUGGUAUCAUAUGUAGAUAUUAUGUAUAGAAAAUAAAAUAAAUUAUGGCUC